AUGGCUUCCACUACACUACCACUACAGUACAAUGCCCCUCCUGCACACCAAAGUCUAGUCCCUACUGACAAAACUGUCGGCACAGCCGUCUCCCGCCCACCGCCGCCGCACUCGUCUCUCUCUCCCUCGCCGUCGCACUCUUCCAACUCAUCAUUUGGAUCCCUCUCAUUCCAGGAUUGCCAGUCGUCCCCAACCAAUAGUUCCCCGCCCACGCCGCUCCGCUCCCAAGGCGGCGUACCAUUUUCCUGGGAACAAAUCCCCGGAAUUCCCAAGGAAUCCAUCGCCGGCGACAACAGCCGCCACUCCUCUUCUCUGAGCCUCCUCCCAUUGCCGCCGGCCGGGACUCCCUGCUCCGCCGCAGAUCCAGUCAAGAACCGGCCGCCGGUCCUCCUCGCUUCGCCGAGAAAGCUGCCUAGCUCGAGCUUCCGUAACGACCCGUUCUUCGCGGCGUUGGUUACGUGCUCCAAAGACGACGGCUAUGGCGAAAAGAACAGUAAUCUAUGGAAGAGCUCUAAGGUCACCAGAAGCAUCAGCGACCGGUUCGGAUUCAUAAGCUUUUAUGCCUCUUGCAAAACAACAUGUGCAGUUUCCCAAUCCAUUGUCUACUUCCCAAGAUCAAGAAACUACGAUGAUCAACUCCUCAACCGCCGCUCACGGCGGUGA